AUCAUGUCAUUAUCAUGCGAUUUAGACGAUGAAUGGGUUGUGGAUUGGUUGACCAACUGGAUGAUGAGAAAGGGAUAUUCCGAUAGCGGAGCAGAGCAUGGCCGAUGUGUCGCCGAAGCCUGCCUCACUACACCAACGCGACGCGUUCUCGAACCUCACUUCGUAACAGAUUGAUUUUAGACAACAUGAGAACGAUUCGUAGCAACACUUGGUGGAUCGCUCUCAAUAAUUCGACCUGUCAUUCUCGCAGAAGCAAAUCACGCCCACAUGCAGCGACCCGUGAAGCACACAAUAUCACACCGGGUACUGACAUCUUCAUG